UGAUACCGCCGCGUGCGGUCGAACUGAAUUACGUUGGUCGCUAUGGUAACAUGUUUUUGUUGCGAUCUUAUUUUCCGAAGCGACGGAGUCUGCUGGAGCUCACUGAUUUUUCUGCAUAACUUUAAGAAAAAUCAAAAAAUGGCAGCUGAAACUGCGUCAGGAACUCCUGAUAUUCCAAACAACCAACGGGAACUCGAAACACAAAACGCAAAAGCUUACUUGCUCAAGUCAAGUGAAAAAUCUAACACCAAUUUAUAUGAUCAUUUGUCACGAGUUUUGACCAAAGUUUUGGACGAACGACCAGAAAAUGUGGUUGACGUGUUCGAAGACAUUAGUAACUCAGUGAAAAGGGAAAAGUUUGUUUCAAAAGUCGACACAAUUCGCGAUGAAUUUGAACCCAGCACAGAAUUUCAACUAGCUGAAGUCCAAAAACCACUUUUUGAAAGAACAGGAGAUGCUGAUGCUGAAAUGGAAGCAGAGGAAGAAGUAGAAACUCCUCUUCCAAAUGUGAUGGAUCUUGCUUUCCACUUUGAGCAAGCAGGAAUCGGACUCAGCAGGGAAGAAAUGUACAGAAUAUUUCUAUGUUUGAAACAGCUUGUUGACACUUAUCCUUUGCAAACUGUCCGAUUCUGGGGUAAGAUUCUCGGAACUGAGGCAAAUUAUCUGGUUGCUGAGGUUCAGUAUAGAGAGGGAGAAGAGGAGGAGGAAGAAGAAGAGGAAAAAGAGGAGGAAAAAGAGGAUGAGAAGGAGGAAGAUGAGGAGGAGGGAGAAGGAGGAGAAGAGGACGACAUUCCAAAACCAGAUUUCAAACCUCCAGUGGUGAUCCCAAAAGAGGAAAAUCGGGCAGGAGCAAACAAAUAUGUCUACUUUGUCUGCAAUGAGCCAGGCAAAGCAUGGACCAAGCUCCCACCUGUUACUCCUGCACAAAUUGUUGCUAGUCGUAAAAUAAAGAAGUUGUUCACUGGCAAGUUGGAAGCUCCAGUUGUCAGUUACCCUCCCUUCCCAGGCAACGAAGCAAGUUAUUUGAGGGCACAGAUUGCAAGAAUUAGUGCUGGAACACAGGUCAGUCCUCUUGGAUAUUAUCAGUUUGAUGAAGAAGAGGAAGAAGAAGAAGAGGGUGAAGGAAGAACUGACUUUGUUGAGAACCCAGAUUUUGAAGGGGUUCCACUUCGUGACCUGAUUGACCCCUCCAUGGCCAACUGGGUGCACCAUGUGCAACAUGUGCUUCCACAGGGACGCUGUGUGUGGUUCAACCCAGUGCAGAAAAACGAGGAGGAUUUUGAGGAUGAGGAAGAUGAAGAGGAGAGGGAGGAACCUGAUGAGCCAGAACCAGAGGUUGGUCCUCCCCUUCUUACUCCUCUAUCGGAAGAUGUUGAGAUCGAGAACAUGCCUCCAUGGACCUGCAAGCUAACAUCUCAUCUUGUUCCUCAAUACGCCAUCUGCGUUCUGAAGUCAAAUUUGUGGCCGGGAGCUGCAGCUUUCUCUAAUGGGAAGAAAUUUGAGAACAUGUAUGUUGGUUACGGGCACAAGUACAACUCGCAGAACUACAGCCCUGUUCCCCCUCCUCCCAUGCAAAAGGAGUAUCCCAGUGGAGCCGAGAUCACAGAAGCAGAAGAUCCAAGUGUGGAAGAAGAGGCGGCUCUCAAAGCAGCUCAGGAGGAAGCGAUGGCAGCAGCGGAAGACAUGGAAGAGAUGGAAGAAGAAGAGGAAGAUGAUGAUUAACUUUUCAUAAGCUUCAAUUUUUGAGUUGUUUUUAUAUACAUGUUAUUUCAUAUCUUACUCACAAGAUUUCUAUUGCGUAAUAUGGCAGAGAAUUCUGUUUAAAGUGUUUUCUUGGAUUCAUUAUAAGUUGUGCUGCGUUUCUUAAGGCUAAACAUUUAGUUCACAAACUGCGGCUGCACUUGUUGCAUAAGAGUUCAUUUAUUUUUAUAUGACAUGUUGGAUGUUGGUAUUAUAAUGUGUGUACUGUGAA